CUCUCCCCUGGUGUUUGCAGUGGCUAAUAUUUAACAUCUGUACAAGCCCUGUUCUGGGAAAUAUCUUAAUGGCUACACUGUCAGGUUGUAAACAGUCUUAUGAACAUGUCCUAAAAUGCUUUCCUCUCAUGACUUGGGAACACAUUAUUAUAUUCCAGAUGAACUCAGACAGCUUGCACUUACUUGUAGUUUCCAUGGCUUUGAUGAAUGAUUUGUGAUGCCUGCUGGUUUGCGAUAUAAAAGAGAUGCAACGAGAGAAAGGGGCAUCAUGGUGCUGCUUUGACCGGUGCUGAAAAGAAACCGACUGCUCUCAGAGGAAACGGGAUGGAUUUUAUUCACAUAUUAGGCGUCCAAACUAUACAGCAUCUGCAGAACAACUACAAAGAAUACAACAGCUUCCUUAGCCUGAUGUCAGCAGUGGGUGACCCUCGUAAUAUUUUCUCUGUCUAUUUCCCUCUUUGGUUCCAUCUCAGUCAUGAUGUUGGUACCAAGAUGAUAUGGGUGGCUGUUGUCGGAGACUGGUUCAAUCUUAUUUUCAAGUGGGUUCUGUCUGGGCAGAGACCUUAUUGGUGGGUUCACGAAACCCACUUGUUCCAGAACGGCACAAAGCCACAUUUGGAUCAGUUUCACAUUACGUGUGAAACAGGGCCUGGUAGUCCGUCGGGUCAUGCCAUGGGCUCAUCAUGUGUGUGGUACGUGAUGGUCACCGCCACUCUAAACUUCGCCAGGUCCUCCUGCAUCUCUUCUGUCCGGAGUUUUCAAAGGUUUCAUCUCUUGAGGUCCGUUUUGUGGACAGCCUUUUGGGUCAUUCAGAUAAAUGUUUGCAUUUCCAGAGUUUUCAUCGCAACACACUUCCCUCAUCAGGUCCUCCUCGGACUCGCCAUCGGUAUGCUUGUGGCUGAAGCAUUUGACCACAUUCCCUGCAUCUAUAAUGCAAGCCUGAAGCUGUACCUCCAGGUCAACAUGUUUCUUCUCUCGUUUGCUGUUUGCUUUUACUUGCUCCUAAAGUUUCUGGACUUUGACCCUCUGUGGUCGGUUGCCAAAGCCAAGAUGUGGUGUGCAAACCCAGACUGGAUCCACCUGGACACCAUGCCGUUUGCCGGACUGUGGAGGAACCUGGGAGCCCUGUUUGGUCUGGGGCUUGCAGUGAACUCAGAGAUGUUCAUUCAGAGCUGUAAGGGGAAAAAUGGCUGCAAUAAUACAUUUAAACUCAUGUGCAUGGCUGCAAAUCUCACCUUUCUGCAGCUGUAUGAUCUAAUCAAGAUGCCAACUCAAAGCGAGGCACUCUUUUACCUUCUGUCUUUUUGCAAAAGCGCGUCGGUUCCUUUUGGCGUCAUUGCUGUCAUACCUUACUGUGUUCAUUUGCUAAUCAGAGAUGAUGAGCGGAAACUCUCUUAGUUUAGGACAGUGAUUUCUACGGAGCAUUUUAUCUCAACACUUUCUGCUGUAAUGUGCAUUAAAAAAUGUCAGACUGUUAUUGCACACACAGAAGCACUGAAACUGCAGCUUAUGUGAGAAACAAUGCACAUUUUGUGGUUUAGAUAAUAAAUGU